CAGUGGCGUUGCUUGGUCGACCGGGUAUUUAGCUAUCUAUUUUCAAAACUCCAGUUAUCUUUCAGCGUUGGAAACUCCAGUAAUCUUUCAGAGAAGGCAUGGGGCAGCAAACGAUGACUACUACUGCUUUUGAAGCUGGUCAUUUGUUCCCUUUGAUUGGCAAUAGGAUGGGUAACCUGAAGAAUCAUUAUGCAUUUGGUUUGAAAAACAGAGUGUUGGUUCUGGAUAAAGGUUUCUACAAGUAUCCCAGAUCGAAAAGGAAAUAUUCUUCAGAAAGCAAUAGGGCUUGCAUUUCUUGUUCGAGCGACAUUCUUUAUGUUUCUUCUUCUAAUAUCGAACUAUUUGAAGCAAGCGUUCUUUAUUGUGCUGCUCCCGCCAUGGGUCAUAAUCAGGAGUCGCACCCAGAAUCCAAUUUUAGGGUGCCUACAAUCUUGAGUGCUCUUGAAAAAAUGGAGCUCACAUCGAAGCACCGUGGCUCAGAGGUGAUUGAAAUUCAAAAGUUUAGGCCUGCUUCCGUGGAUGACAUUGCAAGUGUUCAUUCAAGAGGUUAUGUAAUUGGUCUUGAGAAGGCUAUGUCUAAGGCUUCUGAAGAAGGUCUUAUUUUUAUUGAGGGGUCUGGACCAACAUAUGCUACUGCAACUACCUUUCAGGAGUCGCUUAUUGCAGCUGGAGCAGGAAUAACCUUGAUUGAUUCAGUGGUGGCAGCAUCAAGGAUCAGCCAGAAUCCACCAGUGGGGUUUGCAUUGAUAAGGCCUCCAGGUCAUCAUGCUAUUCCAAAAGGUCCUAUGGGAUUCUGUGUCUUUGGAAAUGUAGCUGUGGCAGCUCGCUAUGCACAGCGUGUGCAUGGGUUAAAGCGGGUUCUUAUCAUAGAUUUUGAUGUUCAUCAUGGUAACGGAACAAGCGACGCGUUCUAUGAUGAUCCGGAUAUAUUCUUCAUUUCAACUCACCAGGACGGAAGUUACCCUGGUACAGGCAAAUUUGAACAGGUUGGUCAUGGAAAUGGUGAAGGAACGACGCUAAACCUGCCCUUACCUGGAGGCUCGGGUGAUAAUACAAUGAGACGCGUGUUUGAUGAGGUCAUUGCACCAAGCGCCCAAAGGUUCAAGCCGGAUAUCAUUCUCGUCUCAGCUGGUUACGAUGCCCAUGUGCUAGAUCCGCUUGCCUCUCUGCAAUUUACAACCGGCACAUAUUACAUGCUUGCUUCGAACAUCAAACAACUUGCUAAAGAGCUGUGCGGUGGGCGUUGUGUGUUCUUCUUGGAAGGUGGAUACAAUCUCCAAUCUCUAUCAUAUUCCGUGGCAGACACAUUCCGAGCACUUCUUGGAGACCCAAGUAUGGCUUCACACUUUGAUGACCCUGCCAUCUUGUAUGAAGAGCCAUCGACAAAAGUGAAAGAGGCGAUUCGGAGGGUCAAGCACAUCCACUCUCUCUAGAAUCCACAUGAAUACUCUUUGAAUAUACAUAUGAUUGGUUGUAGUAUACCACAUUGCUUCUGAAUCAACAAGAAUGCGGCAAGAUCUUUUUUUUUUUUAGAUGUAUAUUUGUAGUAUCAGGCUGGCGUAGCCGAAGAGUGUGUUGUAGGUCCAUGAUACAGUCCAAUGUCAAUAGGAUUCAUCCAUACAUGACACAGUUCCAAUGUUGAGUGCUCCAUUGUAGGUGGACAACAUGGUGAAAAUCAAGCAAUUUGAAUGGUCCAAAUGGCAGCA